AUGUUUAAGCCAUACUCUUUAUCUCCAAAGUUAGCCAUGAAUCCGGUGAUUCUCUUUGUCGUUUCAUCUUUAUUUAUAAAUUCCCUAUAUGCGGGAGUUGAGCCACCAAAAAAUAACUCCCAGAUCAUUGUGAUGGGUUUUGUUUAUUGUGACAUCUGCUCCAAUAACAGCUUCUCCAGACACAGCUACUUCAUACCAGAUGCAGAAGUUAGAAUAGAUUGCAUGUUCAAAGCCAUCUCCCGGAAAACCAUAGAACAGAUAUCAUUAUCGGUGAACAGAACUACAAAUAAGCAUGGAGUUUACAAGUUGGAAAUACCAUCGGUUGAUGGAAUUACAUGUGCAGAAGAUUCUGAAGUCGUGUCUUCCUGCCAGGCAAGCUUAAUACGGACUUCAUCUUCUUCAUGCAAUAUUCCUGGUUACAAAACCACAUCAGAUCAAAUAGCAAUUAAAUCAAGACAAGCCAAUCUCUGUAUCUACAGCCUAAACGCAUUGAAUUUUAGACCAUCCAAGAUAAAUGUCACCUUAUGUGGAAAAUAAAUAGAUGGCUUCUCAAGCUCUUUCCAUGGUUCCUUCCCUAUGUAAACAAUCUUUGCCUUCAAAAUAUAUCCUUCUGUCCUACUAGCACCAUCGUGGCUCUUUUACAUUCCCCAUGUACACGGAAUCCAAGAAACCCAAUACCUUGGAUACCUUUUCUCCUCGGAGCCCAUCAAUGAGAUUAGUCUUUCAUUUUCUUUA